AUGGAAGCAAAGUUCAUGUACCCUUUGCAGAGCUGCAAAAUUAUACACUUCGUGAGGCAUGGACAUGCGAUGAACAACGUUGAAGCACAGAAGGAUAGGGAUGCCGUUUUGUCUCCUCAUCUCUUCGACGCCCCUCUUGCAGAACUCGGUCGCCGACAGGUCGAGAAUUUGCGUAAGCGAGUUAUAGAAAACGGGGUAAUGAAGAGGAUUGAGCUCGUUAUAACUUCACCCUUGUCGAGGGCUAUGGAGACAGCCGUCGGAGUUUUCGGAAGCCAGAAUGAGUCUCUUGUUACCAGCAGCCCUCCCAUUGUUGCUCUCGAGCUUGCUCGAAACCGCAUCGGACUUCGCCCGGCUAAUAUGAGGAGAGAUGUGAGCGAAUACGAAAGUUUAUUAUAUAACCCUUUUCCCCCACUCUCUUUUCUCGAUAAUAUAUAUAUAUAUAUACAGAUGGAAGAUGAAGAGGACAAACUUUGGAAAAUUGACGUCCAGGAGUCCGAAGAAGAGCUAUUAGCUAGAGGAACUGAAUUCAUGAAAUGGUUAUGGAAAAGACCCGAAAAGGAGGUCGCAAUUGUAAGCCAUGGAAUGAUGUUGCGACAUGUUUUGUACGGUCUCGCCGGCGAUUCCCAUGUUCCCACGGGACAUGACUUGUGUAAGAGGUUUGAUAACUGCGAAAUCCGCACCGUUGUGGUCAUUCACAAAAGGUUAGUAAGAUUACGCUUCCAUGACGGAUUAAUUCCUCGCAGGGAAACCUAA